AUGACAUUCCUAUACAAGCACAUCCUCAUCAUCGGCGCCACAGCAGGUAUCGGACGAGCCCUCGCCUCACGUCUAAUCCAAUCCGGAGCCAAAGUGACAGUCGUCGGACGACGCAAAUAUCGACUAGAUGACUUCGUGACAGACCACGGCACAGACAAAGCCAACGCCGUGCAAUUCGACAUUAGCAACUUGAAAAAAAAAUCUCAGGAGGCG